GUUGUACGGCAGCACGUCCCAACUUACGUGGAUGUAAAAGGUAAACAGACGCUGUGUUCAGCUGGUCAUACUUAUCAAAAUGUAGUCAAACUGCAAGUGAAGGCUACUGAAAUCUCAUACAAAUCUGUUGUAUAUCGUGUAAAGGCUGACUAAAGCAAAGCUCUCACCAGUAAGUUCUGAGGUAGUUGUACCAGCAGCUCUGUUUUGCCACGUACCCCUUGUAAAGGGACUGUAGAGAAACGAGUUUGGAGCAUUGAUGGAGCAGAAGCUCGCAGAGUUCAGAGCCAGACGACAGGCAGCCAGAAAGGAGGAGAGAACUGUACCUCUGUCUGCAGACAGGAAAGCUAUGGAAGGAUCUGCUCAGACCGAAACAACAUCAGCUGACAGUCCAAAGGAGAAGACAGAAAACAGAGAGCCAGCUCAGAGCUCCUCAAAGAAGGUGAGGCAUCUGAUGAAUCGAUUAACCAACUAAAUGCUUUCUUAACAAAUAGCUAUUACACCAUUUUGAUUUUAUGAUCAGCAUGACGCAUAUUUCCCCAAAUCGCGUAUAAGCACAUUUUCCCAAACUGAUAAGUUCAAUAUAACCAGAAGCAUUAAUAUAAGCGGUGAGUUUGACUGCACCUGUACCAGGUGAAGUCAUGGCUGACUGUGCAGAAAGGCUUUGGCUGCUAUUAGAGGCCAAAAACAAGGCUUUGAUUGACUGCCCCAUAAAGAAAAUUUUUGAUUGAAAUAUCUUGCUUAAUAUGUUGACAUUAAAACACCAGGAUAAUUUUCUUCUAUGUGUCAACAAACCUCAUUCUUAUUUUGUUGUGUCACAACUAUUUAAACAGAGGGUGAAACACAUACUUAAGGGGUAAAAGGAGAGUUUAAAAUGCAGCUAAAGAUAAAACACAUUAAAAAUGUACUUAUCUUUUCAUUUUUAUUGCUUUAUCAUUUGAAAACAGGAAAACUGACCAUCACAAAGAACCAAGAGUGAUCAUUAGUUUGUUUUGUUGAAUCUAGUUUUUUAAAUGUAAUUUAUAAUCAAAUAAGGUACAUUUUAAAUACAGACUUGUACCAGCAGUCGUAUAAGUUCUGCUUAGUACUUCUUCACCCAGAGUGUAAAUAUGCACCAAAGCUAUUAUUCAACAAAAAUGAAAUAAUCGUAAUGUUUGACCAAAAACCUAUUGAUUUACUAAGAAUAUAUAUUCCUGACCCCACCUCUAAAACUUCUUUGUGUUAUCAAAAAAUAUAUUUAAUGUGGGGCGAACUGUCUCAUGGUACAGCAGCUGUAGGGCACCUUUAUUAAAGAACCAAUCAGGAUCUAAUAGUGUGCCCUAAACAUCAAAAUGAGACUUUUUCUAGUUAUUUGUAGUUUUACUCAUUAACCUUACAUUUGUCCAUCAUGUCUACCUACAGGACAUUGCUGACUGGCUGCUGGACAGUGCUCUAGGAAGGUGGCUGACUUCUAGGCAGUUGGUCAUAUCAAACGUUUUGCUGCUCAAAGUGCUGCUGUGGCUGGUACUGUUGGGUCUGUUUGUUGAACUGGAGUUUGGCCUGCCUUUCUUUGUCAUCUCUCUUUUCUACUGGCUCUAUGAAGGACUCCGGAGCCCAGCUGCCCGUGAACCAGGAGAACUGAGUGCAUAUUCUGUCUUCAACCCGGACUGUCAGCCUCUGCUGGGUACUCUCACUGCAGAGCAGCUGGAGGGGGAGAUGGGCUACAGACCUCUGGCUAACAGAUGAAGGGUGUCUGACUUACAUAUUUAUGCCAAAAAUCAGAGCGUUUCAUCUUUUCAAAGACACUGUUUUUAUCCAGGAAAGAUCAGGGAUGCAGAUCAAUGAUUUUAGGUCAUUUUUCUGUACACGAAUUCAGUUCAUCUCAUUUGACUAAUUUUUAUUUUCUUUUUAAACUUUCUUUUCAUUGACAUCCUUCAUUUAUGGUCACCAAAAGGGAAUAUUUCUCAACACUUGAUUAAUCAGCAUAUAAUGAUGCCUUACAGUUUCAUGAUUGAUGAUGAUAAAGUUGAAAUCUACCACAUUACCCUUCAUUCUUCACCCUUUAUUUCUGUGCUAAUACUGAGUUUUGUGUAAAAAUAGUAUUUAGUGAUAAAAAAAUGGAGUUUACAAAGUUGAUACUGUAACACUAAGCAAGUUAGCUUCUCUAAAUAAACUUCACUGUUUACCGAAACA